AUGCGCAGCAGAAAGAGGAGGCAGCGGAUGGUUCCUGAGUGUGAUCUGUGUAAACACGGGGGGAGGCCCCUGUGUGUCCACGGGCCCAGCACGGUGCUGCCCCAGGGAGGCUGUCGGGGUCACGGGAGAUGGCAUUGUAUUGUAUUUUUCCUUUCUGCUUCCCAUAUCUCUGAGACAAAUCUGGUUGCCAUGGAGACCGUGCUGUUGUCAAGGUGGCUGAUUGGCCGGCACUGGAAGCGGGACGCUUCCUUGGGUCCCCUGGUGGCUGCAGCCCUCAGCCUGCACUGUGGAGCUGGACGGCAGAAUGGAUGGGCUGGGGCAGACAUGUGGGCCAGCAUCUUCGCCCUGAUCAUGGCCAGGAGGAAGCCCUGGGACAUCUGGGUUCUGCUACCUGAGCAUAGCCUGGUCCCAGGACGCCAGUACCUGCUGGUGGGGCUCUUGAGGCUCCAGUGCAGUCGCUGUCCAGGGUAGGCCUGGGCAUUGGCCCACCUGCAGGUCCUAUUCCACCUGUGGUGGGACCGGGCCGGCCACCAGGGGCUGGUGAGGGUGUGAGUCUGGAGCCAGCGAUGCAGGUGGUGCCGGGUGCCCGGGGACUGCCAGGUGAGGCCCCGGGGCGCGUGGCCCUUCCUCUGCAGGCUGGUCUUGCCCAUUCUGAAGGACUGCUAUAGAGAGGGUCUCGGCCCGAGCCUGUUCCCCAGGGCGGCCUAUGAGGGCUGCUGCAAGGCCUGUGCUGGGGUCUGCUUCUUCCAGAAGGCCCCACACCCUGCCUGGAGCGCCAACAACAAAGGCACCUUCUCCACCACGGCCUGGAGUGGCACCGCUGCCGCCUCCAAGGGCAAACAGCUGCCUGCCCCUGGCGACAGCCUCAGCAAUGGUGGCGGCGUCACCGCCAUCCCCUUCUCCCUUGUGGGUGACGGCAAUGCCCAGGCGUCUGUCACUGAGGGCUCUGCCACCCCUGUGGGGGCCUCCCUCCUUAUGACCGGCAGCCCUGGGGGCCUCAUCACUGGCCAGGGCUCCAUCAACCUGUGCGGGGAUUCUGUGACCAUGUCGGGGGGCAAAGGCUUCCGGGUGGACUUUGGAGACUCCAUCGUCCACGUCCCCAGCCUCCUCGGCAGCAGCAUCCAGACCUUCGAGCUCGACGGCUUCCUCUUCAAAAGCUGGGGCUCCCUCUGCAGCCCCAUUGGUGUGGCCUAGGGCCCGGGCCCCGUCUCCCUCAGGAAUGGCUCGGUCUCUGUGGGGAAACUCAUGCCAACCCUGUUUGACUGUGUGGGCCUCCCUGCCAGCAGGGUGGGCUCCCUCACCUUACCCUCCCUCAGUAACAUCUUCACCAACACCGCGGGCAACCACGCCCUCUCGGAGGCCACCAAUGGCCCCGUGGCCACUGAUGAGGCCUCAGUCACCUUCCUUUCCAUCUUUACUGAUGUCAAGGGCGCCGUCGCAGAGGUGGCUGAAGGCAAUGGGAAGGAAGGAGGCGGCCAGGGCCUGGUCCCUGGGGGUCACGCCCUUCUAGAGACCAACGCUGGUGGCCUUGCCUCCCAGGUCAAGGGCUCCCUCGCCCCCUCCUUCUUCCCUGCUGACGUCCAAGGCAAAGAUUCUUUUACUGACAUCACGGAAGGCAAAAAGAAGAAAGGCAGACUCCUCACCGCAGGUCAAGACCUCCCUCCGGAGGCCAAUGCUGAGGGCCCCAUCACCAUGAGCACCUACAGAGACCCCAGCGGCCUCAGGAGGUUCCAUCCUACACAGAGGCUGGAGACAGCAGCCAAGCUGCCAGUGACACGGCAGGGGUCCCAGGAGAAACCUGAAUCCAGGCCCUCGGGGCCCAACUGCAGGAUGGCAGCCCCACACGUUGACUCACUCAGAGGGCCCCAGCCAGCCUUGUCCUGGGGGCUGCCGGGACCCUCCUGCUCUCAGGGUCCUUCCCCACCCCCACCAGGCAUCUCGCCCCCAGGCUGCAGGCACCGGUCUAUCAUGGAGGAACCCCCUCAGGGCUUCCAAAGGCACCUGGGACCCCCCAGCUCCGCGGCCACCCCUCAACUCCCUGGCCUGCUUGACCCCGACCCUCCAGCCUCUCCAGCGCCCCUGCCCCGCCCUUCAGCCCACACUCCAUGUGCCUCUCGCUCCCCAUUCCCCUCCCACUCCCUUCCCGGUUCUUCUUUCCUGCUCUUCCCCCAACCCCUUUCUCGUCCUCCCAGCCCCCUCCGCAUCCCUCUCCCGCCCCCCCUCCUUCCCUCUGCCCCUCACCACCUCGUUCCCCUCCCUCCGCCCGGCCCCUCCCUCUUCGCCCCCUGCCCACUCCGCGCUGUCCUGCGGCGCCCCCGUGUGGCCGCGGGGAGGACGCCCAGCCCACGUUGCGGAGAGAGGCCCGGGAGUGGGGAUCGCGGGGCCCGGAUCCCUUGUCCUCAUUGAUGUUGAACUGCUUCUCGGCUUAAGAAGAUGAGUUCGUUAAAACUAAAAGGCUAUCCGUCAUCAGCAUUGUGAA